AUGUCAGUGGGCAGGUUCCCGACUGAGCCGGACGAAAGGGAAUCCAAGAAAGCCAGAGUGAGUGCCACGCCCUUAAUCGGGUUCUCGGAGGAGGACAAGCAAGGAACCCUCCAACCCCACGACGAUGCCCUAGUCGUCACGCUCAGAAUUGGAGGUUAUAACGUGAAAAGGGUGUUAGUUGAUCAAGGCAGCGCCGUGGAGGUAAUGUACCCUAAUUGGUAUAAAGGGUUGAACUUGAAGCCAGAAGACCUGUCGCCAUACGAUUCCCCUCUGGUCAGCUUUGAAGGAAAAAUCGUCACCCCGAAAGGCAUGAUUAGGCUGCUUGUGCAGACAGACUCAGACGUGGUAGAGGUGAACUUCAUUGUCGUAGAUGUGUACUCCCCCUACACAGCUAUCGUGGCCCGGCCGUGGCUUCAUGCACUAGGGGCUGUACCAUCAACCUUGCACCAAAAAGUGAAGUAUCCGUCAGGAGGUCGAGUCAAGAAAUAA